UCCUUCCACCCACCCUUCACACCGCUCUAAUUAUCUUUCUCACUUUUUCCCUUUAAUGAAAGGCAAACCAUGAAUAGUUGAAUAAAGCUGACGUCACCAGGAAAAGGUGCACUGGAGAUUCUUGCUUUUAAGUGCUUUCACUGUUUAACCUUGUCUUUCUAUACGGAUAUGGAGUCAAGCUUAGCUACUUUAUUGCUUUAUGAUUAAGGUCAAUCCAUUCCAUUAAUUACAGUAGUUUUUACUUUCAACCUAUCAAUUCCUGGAAUUGGUACAAGCUUUUUGGUUAGAUGAAUAGCAAUCACACAUUUCAUUCCUAUUAUACAAUGGAAGUAGAGUACUCUAUAUAGUUGGAACCCAUUCUUAUUUCGAAACCUGGUAUUUGAAGUCUUUUUAACAUAUGGCUAGCAUGAGAAGAUCAUAGCGAAAGUAUAUCAGAAUGAUCCUUGAUUAAUCUUUGCUGAGGGGGUUGAAAAUAGCGACAACAUUGGACUUAAAAGGCUGGCCUCUUUUUCUUACGGGGACCUUCCUUGCUCUCUUCUUUGUCUCCCCUUUUUGUAGGGUACAAAACAAAAAGGAACUAAAAAAUAAAACCCUCCCCUAUCCUUACGCAUAGAGUAUAGAAAGAAAAUCAUGGGAACUGAGGCAGAGCAAGAGUCAAGCUACACACCAAAGUUACCGCUGUUUUCAGCUCCACAAGCGCACAUGCAGUCACCAGAAAGAUCAGGGACGUCAACCCCUCCAUUACACGUCUCAGCCUCGGUUCCGUUUCGCUGGGAAGACGAACCUGGAAAGCCAAAACCAUGUACCACACUCACCCUUUUCUCUAAUCCCAAUCACUUGGCUCAAAAGUGCCUGGAACUGCCUCCCAGGUUGCUACAGGAUGCCAAGAGCACCACUGUCUUGGAACCUGCUAGACUUCAGUCUUCUUCUUCAUUCAGAAUGGGAAGUGAGUGCUACGGCUCUUUUCGUGUCGGCAGUGUUAGUCCUGAGAGGGUGCAGCUAGGUACCGUGGUUCUUAGUAAGAGAGGGACCUACAAAGACAAAGGGUUUCUUGGUUCUUGGAAGAGAAAGACAUUCAAGGCUAAAAGAGAAGGAGGUGGGGCUGGGAAAAGUUACGUCUUCCCAUCUUCUGGUGAUAAAGACAGUGAAUGCAGCAGAGAAGAAGAAGAAGAAAGCAAUAGUAGCAGUGUCAAGAUCACCAGAAUUAAAAGGGUUGGCAGCUUUCAUAACCUCUUUAAUUCCAAGUCACACUUCUGGGCAACGAUCUACCAAGGUUUAAAGCUAGCGGUUCCAUGGAAUAAAAAGGAGAAGAAGGAUGGACUUAUGGGCUGACCCUUUUUUAUCUUUAGUUGAUCAACUACACUCCAGUUCAGCCGGUUGAUAUUUUGGUGUGAAUGAAAAUGACUAAUCAAAAGUAAAAUAUAGCUAAUGCCCCUUACUAUAUCGUUUCUUCUCUAGUUGUGGUUGUGGGGCUGUAUUCAGCUAAGGUUUUUCCUUUUUUAUCUGCAAUCCCAAUCUUGUGCAUGUAAGUUGUUGGACUGGAUAUAUAGCAGUAAUAAAUGUAAUUAUGGCUCAA